AUGCCAGUCGAGCCCUCAACGUCGACGGUCUGGCUGCCCACGGACCCACUUGCCGAGCAGCAAGCGCACCACGGCCUGCAACCAGCCCGCGAGCACUGCGACAUUGUGUGGAGCCAAGCUGCCCAAGCGCGAUCCAAAACAAACAGUGACGACGAUGGCGACGACGACAGCAGCUCGUCGCACAAAGAGCACAAUGGCGGCGGCGGAGGCAGUGGAAUUGGCAGUGGCAGUGGGAUGCACAGGCUGGCUUCGGCCUUCAAGUCCCUAGGCAGCAGCAUGCGCUCGCACUCGCACGCCGCACUCGAGCUCUUCCGUCUGUCGUCGCACAUCUCGUCCGAUCUCACCGACACGCAGCUCUACCCUGAACUCGACCACGAUGCAACCGUCUCGACCUCUGCUGCGCUUGCACCGGAAGAAGAAGCGUUCAGAGCGGCGCGGCGGAGGUUCAUCCUCUCGACGCGGGCACUGCACAAGUUUCUGGAGCUGGACGAGGCCGACGAGGUGGACGCUGCCGACGUGCCCGAGGUGUGUCUCGGAGGGUCUGGAGGCGGGUAUCGAGCGUGUUUGGGAUUUCUGGCCAUGAUGGCGGUAGCGCAGAAGGCUGGGUUGUGGGAUCUGGUCUGGUACGUGGCCGGGGUGAGUGGGAGUUGCUGGAGCAUUGCAAGUGUGUACACGUUUGCGCAUCUGGGUGCAGGUGAUAUCCUGGAGAAUCUCGGCCGUGGUUCGGGACACCAUCCGUUGAGUGCGGCCGCGGUGAAUGCGGUGGCGACGACGGCGAGCGGCGUGUAUUUGCAGCUGGCGCCGUUGGUGAUCAAGUUGCAGCGCGGCCAUGUGCAUCCUGGGCCGUUGGAUUUGUAUGGCACACUCACGACGACGCAUCUGCUGGCGAGCCCCGGUGUGAGGCGGGUGGUGGCUGCCGAACAGGAUCGCACUACAGGACGGGGAGAAGGUGAACAAGGAGGCGAGUUGAAGAAGGAGUGGUUCAAGUUCACGCGUUGCAUCACGAGCAUGCGUCUCGAUGAGGGCAGGAACCCGCUACCCAUCUUGACCGCGGUGCGGCACGAACGCACGUGGAAGGACUGGUCCUCUCCACACUCGCAGCAUCCUCACACAGAUCCCAAAGACGCUCGGACAUGGUGGCAAUGGUUCACCUUCACGCCGUAUGAUUUCGGCUGCGACUCGCUGCCGUUCUACAUCCCUACGUGGUCGUUUGGUCGCCACUUCUCGCGCAAUGUCUCUACGGAGCGACUCCCCGAGCUCUCACUCUCGCUCAUACUUGGCCUGUGCACCUCGGCGCCCGCGGCGCCGCUCUCGGCCUACCUCGGCACGCUGUACCGCAACCUGCCGACGGGCGCAUUUGGGAGACACCUGCGCGAAUGGGCGGACAGCUGGAGCGCACGGCACAAGGCGGACAAGGAGCGGCUGGAGAACCACCACCCCGUGCACGCGCAGAACGAGCCGAACCCGCUUUUCGAGGCAAUCGCGCGAACGGAGGAAGAGGAGCGCAGGUGGAGGGGGCUCAACGGUGCGCCGAGGCUGCAUAUGGUAGAUGCAGGCAUGGCGAACAACGAGCCGCACACGGUGUUCUUCCGCCCGGGCCGCAAGGUGGAUGUGGUUCUGCUGGGAGAUUAUAGCUCGGACGUGCAGAAGGAUGCAGCUGUCGAGCGCAUUGGCGAUGGCCUGGUCGACCGACGGCUAGGCGUUCGGCCUCGUCCCGCAACUUCUCUUCCUCCUCCACCGUCCGCCCUGCUCACAGAGAGCAAGGCGGCACAGGAGAUGCAGCGCAAGUUCGGCAGCAAAUACGCCCAAGUGCUCGACACGUUCCACCUGCCCCCUCCAGCGACGCGGCAUGAAGCAGACGCACUGCGCGAGAGGAACGUGCCCCCAGCACCCGCCGACGUCGAGCCAGCAAUCGUCUACCUGCCAUUGCUACCGCACGCUGUGCAGCCCGACUACGACCCGAGCACCGCCGACUUUUCGUCGAGCUAUAACCUCGUCUGGACUCAGCACCAGGUGGAAACGCUGCGGAUCACCGCCGAGGCCAACGUGUGGCAGGCACUGCCUACGAUUCGCAGCGUGAUCAGGGAAGCGUAUCAACGCAAGAAGGCGGCGAGACUGGCGAGGCUCAACAGUGGAUAG